GUCCUGAAUCGCAUCGGGACCGCUUGUAGCAUAGAUGGCAGCAUUGUUCUCGGCUGUCACCGUAAGGUGCUGCCACCGCGGGUGCGCGGUCGUUUUGGGAACUGCAUUAUAACCAAGCUGCGUUAAAUGAGUGAUUUAUACUAUCUCGAUUAGUAUUUCACAUUGGAAUAUCGUAGUGAAAUUAUUUGAUACGUUUUCUCCAAGUGUGACCGAUUGCAUUUGGUAAAAGGCGUAUUUAAAUUUGUUUAUUGUCGGCCGGUUUCGUCUGCCCAUACUUGUUAUUUUUGCGUGUCACCAGCUGACCGGCCUUGUGCGCAAUUCGACACGAAACCCGGCGAAGGAAGACACCUUGGUAGGUUAUUUGGAUAUUUUGGACAUGAAAUGCUACUUGUCGCUUCGUUGGUUGUUGAUAUGCACUAAUUAACUCCGGUGUGAGGUUCAAAAGUAUUUAGUUUGGAUAUAUGCCCAUAGAUAUGUCAGAUACUGCUGAUACCGAAAUGAAUGAGACGAUUUAUGGCGCACACCGGUGUAAAAGGGCCUGUUAUUUGUGUAUUUUACAGGAACCUACAACUAAACUACUGAUCUACGAUCUCUCAACAAACUACAGACUGCAUCUGUCUACUGUCCAUAUGUCUCUUCUAUUCUAAUGCCCAAUACAUUUAUUUCCAUUUAUCAAUCUUUUAUCCUUUGUAGCGUACCGAGCUAUAUCGCCGAUGGUGUCGACAACAGUUCCAAGGUAUCCUUUGAGCUCCAAAGUGCUGUAAUGACCUCAAAGUUAAUGGAGAUACCUAUGUUCUCAUAAGUGAUGCCCAACUGACCUGCCUUGAUUCACCCAUGAUUUUACCCGACUGUGCCUGCUUUGUAUUUUAACCACCUGUGCCUGUUACCUUGACGUAAUUGUUUUGCCCAUAUGCCUGAUCAUACCUGACCAUUCUGCACUCCCUGAUUCAUGAUUGAACUGAGUCCUGUACACACGAUGCCUCAGUCAAUUGCACAGUUGAAGCAGAAGCGGGGGAGAUGUUUGGCAAACUUGACCAGGACAAGGAGAAGGGCCUAUGUUCUGAUAGACAACAGAGGUAGCCGGACCCACCUGAUUUCCAUCAUCUCGGAGCUGGACAAAGCACUUCAGCAAGUGGAAGAGGCAUCUGAUAAUAUUGCAUCCAUGCUGACGUCAGAAGAUGAGCUGGAACAGGUGAAGGCAUAUCAAGCAGAAGCUGAUCGGCAACAUGAGGAGGCAGUCAGUAGAAUAGAAGGGUAUCUGAAGGACAGAAAAGACGACCCGGCAUCUGAAGUGUCCGGACAGUCACAUCAUUCUGAGUCAUCUUCGGCAGCCUCACGAGUAGCAGAGGUGGAUGCCAUGGUGAAGAAACUGGAACUGCAGCAACUGCAGAGACGACUCAAGACCGAGGAAGAGGACCAGCAGCUGCAACGAAUGCUGAAGUUACAGGAAGCUGAAGAUGCUCAGGCUGCAGCAGAGUUGCGUGCAAAGCUGUUGAAGGAAGACUCACUCAACUGGGACAGACGUGAGGAUUUCGGUGAAGCCGAAAAUGAAGAAAAUGAAGAAGCCACUGGCACUACAGCUCUUCAGGUCUUCAGGAGCGGUGGUGGUAUGCCAGGGACCCAAGCGCAGGGACCCAGCACCGGCACCGCUGCUGUUCACCAGGCCCAGGUUGGUGGUGGUGUGCCAGGGACCCAAGUGGAGCAGGGACCCAGCGCCGGCACCACUACUGCUCACCGGGCCCAGGGCAGUGGUGGCACGGGCGCUUUCCAGUCUGGACUGCAUGCUGAGGCUGUGCGUCAGAGUCUCCCUCGCCUGAACCUGCCAAAGUUUGGAGGUGAGCCAGCUGAAUGGCCAAAGUGGUCAGCUCUCUUCCGAACAAUGGUACACAACCAACCGUCCCUGACUCCAACUGAGAAGAUGGUGCACCUGCAGGCCGCCGUAACAGGUGUGGCCGAGCAGGCCAUCAGUGGGAUGCUGUUCGAUGGGAGGUUGUACGAGGAGGCCCUGAAGACGCUGGAAGAGAGGUUCGGUCAGCAGGAGGACAUCGUGCACGCCCACCUCCAGAAUAUCUUCUCCUGCCCUAACCCAUCCCACCUGGAUCCUGUGUUACUGGAAAAGCUCCAUUCAUCAAUCCACUGUGCCGUAGUCAUAUUCAAGAACUUUGGCUAUGAGGGAGAUCUCAGAAGCUAUGAAAAUCUCAGAAGGGUAGUACAGAAGCUUCCUCCGGAGUUAAAGCACGAAUGGGGAGCGCACGUCCUCGAUCUGACCCAGAGACCCAACCUCAUCGACCUAGAUGUCUGGCUUCAGAAGAAGGUGCGGGUAGCAGUCAACUAUGCGGCUGUGUCACAGCCAAGGAGGACUCCGAAAGAAAACAAGCUGAAGCCAAUGCAGAAGACUGCCCAGCAGAGGAGCACUCUGGUCACCGACGCACGGACAACAGGAAACUGUCCAUGCUGUAAGGAACGGCAUGAGGUGACUGACUGCCCUUUAUUCUUGCAGAAGGCAGUUGACGAGAGAGCGCGUUGGAUCGCCGAAGUCGGGCGCUGCUUCUACUGCCUGCAGACGGGGCACGGCGUGCGGCGUUGUCGUUCAGCAAAGCCAUGCGGAAUCGACAACUGCACGAUGAGGCACCACGCAACACUCCACGGCAGCAAGCGGGUCGGCAGACGGACCAGCCGUGAGCGCGUAGUCGCUGCAGCGUCUCUGAAAACCGAUGAUGUCACGACACUGCUGCAAGUGGUGCCGGUCACCAUCCUCGGCAGUAACGGCGAGUCCAAACAGGUUUGUGCCCUGUUGGAUCCGGGUUCGCAGACCUCGUUGGUGUCCGAAGAUGUGGUGACCGAACUGGGUCUUCAUGGAGAGCGGCAAACCCUCCGCCUGCAGAGCGUCGAGGGAUGCGGACCCCUUCAGACCUCAGUGAAGCUGAAGCUCGAAUUGAAAGCGUCAUUCGGCGAUGGCUCAAGUGUGGUAGUUCCUGAGGCAUUUUCCGUAAAGAAAAUCAACGUCACAGUACCUGAGAUCCCCCACAAGAUGCCUGACUGGAAACACGUGCAAGAUCUCGAUCUGCCAGACUGUUCCGGUAAGACGGUGGAGCUUCUUCUAGGAGCGAAUGUCCUCGAAGCUCUGCUACAACUCGAAGUGAAGCAGGGAAAGAAGGCCCAACCGGUGGCGAUCAGAACUGCCUUCGGGUGGACUCUGGCCGGUUCAGUGAAGGGAUUUAUUCCUGAGCGGAAGAGGCAGGUGAUGCUGAUCAGCAGGAAGUCACCAGACGAAGACGAGAUGUCGAAAAUGCUGCAGCAGUGGUGGACCACUGAGUCCUUCGGGUGCAAGUUUGAAGGCGAUGACGCCAAAUCUCCCGAAGACAUCAGAGCAGUGGAAGUCAUGAAAAACACCACACGUAGACUGGACAAUCGUUAUGAGACGGGGCUCCUUUGGAAGAGCGAUGAGGUACACCUGCCAGACAACAGAGCAGUAGCCGUCAGCCGCCUGCAUUCACUGGAGAAGAGCCUACUGCGGAAACCACAGAAAGCCGAGGCGUACAAGAAGGUCAUGGACGGAUACGUUGAGCUCGGGUUUGCACGCAAGCUGGAGACUGAAGAGGAGCAAGAAUCGCAUCCCAGGACCUGGUACCUCCCUCACCACGGUGUGACGAACCCAAGGAAGCCGGGGAAACUGAGGGUAGUAUUUGACGCUGCCGCAACGUGUGAAGGCGUGUCGCUGAAUGACAUGCUUCUCACGGGACCCGACCUCUUGAAGAACCUUCCAGGCAUCCUCUUAAGACUCAGAGAAGAACCAGUAGCCCUGACUGCUGACAUUGAAGCCAUGUACCACCAGGUCAGGAUCAUACAGCGAGACCAGGCGGCCCUGCGGUACCUCUGGAGAGACCUGGACGUGACGAAGAACCCAGAGUGUUACACUAUGGAAGUUGCAAUCUUCGGAGCCAAAAGCAGUCCAGCGUCGGCCAGUUUCGUCCUGCAGCAGACGGCCAGAGACUGCAGCAGCAGCACUGCAGCAGGACAAGCAGCUAAAGAGGCAGCAUUGAACAGUUUCUACAUGGACGACUUCGUGCAUGCUAUAGAAACUGAAGAUAAAGCUGUCGAGAUGCAGACGGAAAUGACAGAACUCCUGAGAAAAGGCGGGUUCAAGCUAACGAAGUGGACGACGAACUCGAAACGAGUCAUGGAACAGAUCAAACAGGAAGAGCGAGCUCAAGCUGGCACGACUCAGAGUGUGCUGGGCUGCACAUGGAACACGGCCGAAGACACGCUGGGAGUGAGAAGCAUCGACCCACACGUACCAGAGACGAAACGUGGAGUAGUUCGGGGAGUCGCUCGUCUCUACGACCCCCUGGGGCUGCUAUCGCCAUUCUCUCUGCAGGCCAAGAUCCUGAUCCAGCGCCUCUGGGCAGGUAACUACAGCUGGGACGAUCAGCUGGGAGAGGAGGAGUCGCGGAUCUGGAAGAAGUGGCUGAGUGAGCUCCCUUCCACGGAACUGAUGACCGUCCCGCGGUGUUUCUCAGGCACAGAGAUCAGCGCGGACUGUACCAGAGAGCUGCACAUAUUCUGUGACGCCUCUCAGCAGGCGUUCGGAGCAGUGGCGUACGUCAAGACGAUAAUGCCCGAUCGCCCCAGUAUCUGCUCCCUGGCCAUGUCAAAGACGAGAGUGGCGCCUCUCAAGCAAAUCUCCAUUGUCAGGCUCGAGCUACAAGCAGCGGUAUUGGGAGUCAGAUUGGCCAACAUGAUCCUGAAGGAGCUGAGCGUCAAGGUGGAGCGAGUUCUGUUCUGGACGGACAGUACUGUUGUGUUGCAGUAUGUGAGGAAUGACAGCCGUAGAUUCCACACCUUUGUGGCCAAUCGGGUGGCCGAAAUCCGAGAGCUGUCUCGUCCAGAUCAGUGGAGGCACGUCCCGUCCAGCUCGAAUGCAGCUGACGUCUGCUCCAGGGGAGCCUCUGCCACGGAUCUUUCCGCAGACUCGCACUGGAAGGAUGGUCCCUACUUCCUGCUGAAGGACGAAAAGCACUGGCCUGAGAACCCACCGUGCAAAGCUGUAUCGGCGGACGACCCAGAAGUAAGAACAAAGCAAGUUCUCACGACGAAGCCAGAGCUCGAAGUGACUGUGCUUCCUGACGCAGGGAAAUUCUCUUCAUGGACGCGCUACCGAAGAGUUGUAGCGUGGAUGCUACGAUUCGUGACGAACUUCAUCGCAUCAAACUGCCCGACUAAAGCUGACUGGAAGCGCCAGGGGCCGCUGUCAGCAGACGAGAUUCAGGAGGCUGAAAAGAAGAUCGUCUUAGACUGUCAGGCGCGGACUUUCACCACAGAAGUAGCCGCUCUCCGGAACGGCAACCCAGCGGGGUCUGAGGGAAGACUGACUCAGAUGUCGCCUUUCCUGGACGGUGAUGGCGUGCUGCGCGUCGGCGGGCGCCUCAGCAAGGCUCCAGUGCCCUAUUCGACGCGUCAUCCAGCGAUCCUCCCGGCCAGAGAUGAUGUCACACGCCUGAUCGUGACGUACAACCACUCAAAGGUCCUGCACUCGGGUCAAGAAAGGACUCUGACAGAAGUACGAAGAGCUUACUGGUUCACAAAGGCUCGGUCAACCGUCCGAAGAAUCUUGCACCAGUGCACCGUAUGCAGAAACAGAAGAGCACGUCCGGAAGUCCCGAGGAUGGCUGACCUGCCAGUCGGAAGGUUCAACACUUCAAGAGCCUUCAGCACAGUCGGUGUUGACUAUUUCGGACCGAUGAUGGUGAAAAAGUUCAGAAAGACCGAGAAGCGGUACGGUGUCUUGUUUACCUGCCUUUCAACGCGCGCGGUGCAUCUAGAGAUCGCAAACACUCUAGAUACUGACAGUUUUAUAAUGGCCCAGAGGAGGUUUUCCGCGCGUCGAGGAAAGCCAGAUGCCCUGUUUUCCGACAACGGAACGAACCUGGUAGGAGGAGAGCGUGAGCUCCGGGAAUCGCUGCAGGAGUUUAAUCAGGCUCGCAUUUCGGAUCAUCUGAGCCAAGAUCACAUCAAGUGGACGUUUAUGCCUCCCGGAGCAAGUCACAUGGGCGGCGCCUGGGAAAGACUGGUCGGUAGCGUCAAGAGAGCCCUGAAGGUGACGAUCGGAUCGCAAUGUGUGAGCGACGAAGUGCUUCACACUGCGCUACUUGAAGUCGAGGCCAUGGUCAACGGACGGCCUCUUACAUAUGUUAGCCCUGAUGGCACUGACGUAGAACCACUGACACCGAACCAUCUUCUACUGGGGUGUUCAAUCGUCAACAUCUCGCCCGGAGUCUUCCAGCCCUGCGAGUUGAGCAGCAGACGGCGUUGGCGGCAGUCACAAGUUCUGGCUGACCUGUUCUGGAAGCGGUGGCGGCGGGAGUAUGUCCCAACCCUGACGAGCCGUCAGAAGUGGCUCCGCAAAACAAGAAAUCUGCAAGAAGGUGACGUCGUCCGAUCGGUUGAGCUGAAGGCAGCGGGGGGAGGCACUUACCACCGCCCCGUCAGCAAAGUGUGUCUGUUAGAGGAAGCUGAGUGAGUAUGGUGAUGACUGCUGAUCGCUGACAUCGUGUGCACAUGAAUCGUAUCUAUCCUAAUGUCUAUUUUCCUUAACUUCCUGUUAUUCUGUCUUUGUUCCUCCUAGGAUGUCGUUCCUAACCCUUCCUGAACUGGAGAGGGACGACUUCUGGAUGCAGCAGUCCUGGACGACGAUCUGGUGGACUGCAGGAGCCGGCAUGCCUCCAACGGCGGGGCUGGCGACCUGGCGGAGUCGGUCGCGGCGAGCUGCUGUGUGCGUCGCCUGCGGAGUCGCCGCCGGCGCGAGGUCAGCUGCGGCGAACUGGUCUGCCUGUGGAGUGGCCGCCGGCACGGGGCGGCCCCGGCGAGCUGCUGUCUGCUGUGCCUGUGUCGCCUGCGGGGUGGCCGUGGGCACGGAGUCGGCCACUGCCGAUUUAGGUCGCUCUCAGAAUAGUGACUUAGUGAUGACGCUGACUGUGCAUAUCAGGCCGGAGGCGGUGCGGGUGUUAAGUCUGACCCUGGCGGCGUCUCUGGAACUGCGGCGAGCUGCCGGUUGCGGCGGCUGGUGCUUUCGGCCACGGCGCGUGGUACUGUCUGCUGAGCCAGACACGGGAAGGUCGGCUGCAGCGAGUCGACUGGUCUCCCUGGCUGCCGGCUGAGUCGUGGACAACAGUCGACAGCUGCAGUGGCAGCGAGACUGGGAUGUGUACCGUGCGCGAUCACUGACGCGUGUGUACCGUGUGCGAUCACUCAGGUGACGUUGCGUCACCGGGGGGAGGAUGUGAUGGUCCUGAAUCGCAUCGGGACCGCUUGUAGCAUAGAUGGCAGCAUUGUUCUCGGCUGUCACCGUAAGGUGCUGCCACCGCGGGUGCGCGGUCGUUUUGGGAACUGCAUUAUAACCAAGCUGCGUUAAAUGAGUGAUUUAUACUAUCUCGAUUAGUAUUUCACAUUGGAAUAUCGUAGUGAAAUUAUU